AUGACUGAUUAUGAGGAUGGAAUGAGAUUGGCUAUCAAGAAAAAAUGGCCAAAGGUGACUAUCCGAGGUUGUUGGUUCCAUAUGUGCCGUGCUGUAAGACGAAGAUGUGGCAAUAUCGGCUUAUUCAAAUUAAUUAAAUCGAAUGCCAAUGCAAGAAUUAUCCAAAAUUCGCUUAUGAGCCUUCCACUAUUGCCAGCUGAUAAAAUAAAAGAAGGCUACAAUAGCGUAAAAGCAUUUGCAAGGAAAAAAAAAUUGUUCAAAAGAUUUAACGCCCUUUUUGUUUACUUUGAAGGAUACUGGUUAAAGCAGAAUGAAAGAAAUACUAUAUCGGUGGCUGAUUUGAACAUGCGAACAACAUCGUCAUUAGAAGGAAUGAAUUCAGUCAUUCAAAAUUCGUUUUCAUCCAAUCAAAAUAUAUACUCAUUCAUCGAACAGCUGAGAUUGCAUGAAUCGAUCAAAUCUAGCGAUUUAUAUCAACUUUCAAGAAGUGAAAUAACAAAUAAACAAUUGGAACGUCGUAGAACCGAAGAUAAAGUCCGCGAUGAAAAAAUUUAA